CGAGCGGCGGGACCGUCGACUUGGAAAAUCAACGAAAAAGAAUACUAUCUCAUCUGUGGAGUUUGCAAAUGCGUCGAGUACAUAAAUCGACCAAGUCGGACCGUUCGAGUGUUUGUAUAUAACCACCUGGGGAUAUCUUUAGGCAUCAGUCCUUUGACAGCGCCGCUAAUGAUGACACACGUUAACCGUCCGAUUCGUACCUCGACAACGGCACGACAAACACCUCUGUUGCGACCACAGUUUUGCUACGGUAUCUAUCAUUUUCUCCCUUUCUACGAAUCAUAUCCCGAUCGCACUGUGAUUAGGGAAAUUGAUUUUUUUCGUCAAGCCGUUCGAAGGAAUGGCUGGGACAGCCAAGAAACAUGUCAAGUCUGCACAGAGGAGCAUCUUGAGUAUGCUAACUACCUUCACAAUGCUUUCCUAUACUGGUACAACAGCCCGCUAUAUAACUCAGGACCAUUGCAGGCAGCGCAAAUGAUGUUGAGUGUAUGACUAUUUUCUCCCCGGGUUGGGAGGAAGUCACAAGUAGAAAAAAGGCCCAUCUGAAGAGA